AAAUAGGAUAGACGACACAUUCACAGAUAUGGCUUCCUCCCUGAAUGAAAGCCAAUUCCAGUGCUCCAUCUGUCUAGAGUUGUUCACUGACCCAGUUACCACUCCAUGUGGCCACAACUUCUGUAAGAAUUGUAUCGGAGGGUAUUGGGAUAUCAGUGACCUGUGCCAGUGUCCUUUGUGUAAGGAGACAUUUUACAGAAGGCCUGAGCUUCGAAUCAACACGUCGUUCAGAGAAGUUGUUGAUCAUUUUAGGAAUAUGAGAGAUAAUGAAGGGUGCAUUGCUGCAACUGGAGAAGUGGCCUGUGACAUCUGCUCUGGGAGGAAGCUCAAGGCCCUGAAGUCCUGCCUGGUGUGCCUGACCUCUUACUGUGAGAUUCACCUGGAGCCUCAUCAGAGAGUGGUGAAUCUGAAGAGACACAAGCUGAUUGACCCUGUGGAGAACCUGGAGGACAGGAUGUGCAAGAAGCAUGAUAGGCUGCUGGAGCUGUUCUGUAGGAGCGACCAGACAUGUGUGUGUCAGUUUUGUGCUGAGACAGACCACAAACAUCACCACACUGUGCCACUACAAACAGAAUCGCAACUAAAGAUGGCUCUUAUUCGGAGGUCAAAGGCGGAUGUGCAGCAGAUGAUCCAAGACCGGCAGCUGAAGGUGGAGGAGAUCAACGCUUCAGUGAAGUUAAGUAGAGACAAUGCAGAGAGUGAAAUAGCGGACAGUGUUGAAGUCUUCACUGCACUGAUGCGAUCUAUUGAGUCAAACCAGGCUGAACUCAUAGAGGUGAUUGAGGAGAAGCAGAAAUCAGCAGAAAGGCAGGCAGAAGGGCUCAUCAAUGACCUGGAGCAGGAAAUCACUGAGCUACAGAGGAGAAGUACUGAGCUGGAGCAGCUCUCACACACCGAGGACCAUCUCGACCUUCUACAGAGUUUUUACAAGCAAACUACCCUUCCAAAAUCUAAAAGCUGGACUAAUGUUGCUGUUUAUCAAGUCAACUUCUUGGGCUGUGUUCGAAAUACAGUGCUUCAAGUGAAAGACUCCACCGAAGACCAAAUAAGAAAGCUGUCAGCUAUCGAACUGAAAGAGAUGCAGAAAUAUGCAGUGGACGUGACGAUGGACCCCAACACUGCAGGCCCAUGGCUUAUCCUCUCUAAUGAUGGAAAACAAGUGAGAAAAUCGCCAAGGAAAUUGAAGGUCCCAGAUAAUCCUGAGAGAUUCACUGAGGAUGUCUGUAUCCUGGCCAAACAAGGGUACAACUAUGGGAAACAUUAUUGGGAAGUUGGGUUACAGGAGAAAUCAAACUGGGUUAUAGGAGUAGCUUGCGAGACAGUGCCUAGGAAGGAAUUAAUUUCAUCUGAGCCUGAGAAAGGGUUAUGGACUCUGUGUCACAGGGAUGGCAAGGAAUAUCUGGCGUGCACAAAAAUUCCACGCCUUAUUUUACCUUUUCCCCGACCCCAGAAAGUCGGUGUCUUCCUGGAUUAUAAGGAAGGCCAAGUGUCAUUCUUUGAUGUUGAUGCAAAGUCUCACCUAUUCACUUUCACAGGGUGCAAAUUCUCAGAGAAAAUCUUUCCCAUAUUUGAUCCUUGUCGUACUGCAGAAAUAAAUGAAGACCUUCCUCUUAUGAUUACUAUAGUGCAGGUAAAUUAGUGACAGAACACUCCAUGCAUAGUGUAGCUCCAGCUACAAUGUACUGUAUAUGCUUCAACCGUAGAUAAAUUAGAUGGGCACAGUCAAAUGUUCCCAUCUUUCCUUUCACUCUCAUUUGGAAUAGAGGCAUCUACGCAAUGGGGGACAUGGGACGUGGACUCAUUUCAACUAUAGUUUACUUUGGGGGUCUGAAACUUUUAUAUUUAUUGUAAUACAUUUUGCAAAUAUCUUGAUUAUAUUUACCUUCCUUAUUGUGACAAAAUUAAAUGUAAUCCUAAUUAUUCUAAUAUCCAUUUUUGAAAUGUACGGUUUAUCAAAUGGAAAUACUGUAUUUCAAAUCAAACUUUAUUUGCCACAUGCACCGAAUACAAAAGAUGUAGACUUCACCAUGAAAUGCUGACUUACAAGCCCUUAACCAACAGUGCAGUUCAAGAAGAACAAAAUAUUUACCAAGUAGGCUAAAAUAAAAAGUAACACAAAAA